CAUCAGAUGGAGCACAUAGUGCUGUCAUCUUCACGAAUUUACGGUUCUGUUUCAAUAAAAAAUAUAUAAAAUACCAUAGUUCUGUGUCUUCUUCGUUCGUCUUCGAUGUUUACAGGACAGAAAUUUUUUUUCUAAGGGUUAAGAAGUAUGCAAAGAAACAAACACUUUCAUAUUUAGUUAUAGUUCGUAAGCGAAAUGGCGUCGAACACGUGCCGUUCAAGGGGUUGUUUUGUCGCAUGGUUUGUCUCAUUUUGAAAGGUUAGAACACAUUGAGAAACGAAUCGAAAUUAGUUUUGUGUUAAAAAAAAGGAAGAUGCUAACUGAUGGAGGUUCGUUCAUCAGUAUUGGGCAGUCAUAAAGCAUGGAGACGUAUUGCAAAGAGAGAACGACGCAGACGUUUACGUCGUAAGGCUGCAAAGGAGCGCGAAGCAGACGAAGAACGAUUGAGGGCAGCACUCGAAUGUACCGCGGAAUAUUUGAAUUGGUGCGAAGCAAAGAAACAACGCGAGAAAGAAGAAGAAGAAUUGGAAAAGCGAGAACAUGAGGAAAGAGAAAAAUUGUGGCUUGAGGAGGAGAUUAAAGCACAAAAAGAGUGGCGUAUCCUUCAGGAACGUAAGGCAAGAGCUAGACAACAGCAGCUAGAACAAGAGGAAAAAAUUCGAAAAGAGUUUGAGGCUAAGCAAGAAAUUAUACGUAAAAAAGAAGAGGAAGAGAAACGUAUACGGGAAGAGGAGAUAAGACGAAGGGAACUAUUGCAAAAGGAAAUCGAUGAUUAUAUAGACAAAGGAAUAAAAACGCCAGAAGCUCUUAGAGAAACUAUCGACAGUCAACCUGGCAAAGAACUUUGUCCUUUCUUUACUAAAACAGGUGCUUGCAGGUAUGGAGAUACAUGUUCCAGGAAUCAUCGUCGAGUUUGUCUAAGUAAGAUCCUUCUAAUACCUAAUUUUUAUUCACAUUUCUCUUUGGAAAAGAACUCGACAGAAUAUGACACAGAUAUUGCAUUGGAAUUUGAAAAUUCUGAAACCAGACAACACUUUUGUGAGUUUUAUAAUGACAUUGUACCGGAAUUGGAAUCUCUAGGAAGAAUUAAGACUCUGAAACUAUGUUGUAAUACCGAGAUUCAUUUACGUGGUAAUUUGUAUGUUGAGUAUUAUACAGAACGAGAAGCUGCAAGAGCUCUGAGAAAGCUAAAGGGCCGUUGGUACGCUGGCAGACAACUGAAUUGUGAGUUUGCUAAUUUGAAAUCAUGGAGAAGUGCUGUGUGUGGGAUGUUAAAGUGUCCUAAAGGUAGAGCUUGCAACUUUCUGCAUACCUUUAAAAAUCCUCAUGCUGAAUAUGAUAUCAAAAGUCCAUCGCGUUAUUCAAAAGCAGCUGGUUCAGAAAGUAAUAGCAAAAGAAGCGAACAAAGUAGGAACAGGUCUACAUGGGAAGAAUAUAUCUAUGAUGAAACUGAUGAAAGUAGAAAUUGGAGAUGGUCAGAAUCACCUGAAAUUGAAACACCUGAAAAACGUUUAAGAAAUAGUGAAAAACAGCAUAGACAUUCAAACGAAAGAAAUGGUCAUCGUUCUUCUAGAUAUGGUAAACAACAAGACCGAAGUUCCAGAAGUUCCAAAAGACCUAGUAAAACGUCUAUGAACAGGAAAAAUCGUCAUUCAAGUUCAAUUAGAUCUCGGAGGUGUUACGAGAAGAAAUAUGAUAGUGAUGAAUUUCAUAAGAGCGAACGAUCCUUCAAAAAAUAUUCUAACGAAAUGAAAAAGAAACAUGGUAAUAAUGAUGAAAAAAUCGAGACAAUUUCUAAAAAGCACAAACAUUCAAAAACGUAUUCUACAGAUAGUAAUCAAGAUGAUGAAAUUACUAAAUAUAAGUUGAGACGAUCAGAGGAACAUGAUUUUAAUUUUUCGAGUUUAAAAACCGAGAAUGAGGUUGAUAGACUUAAGACCGAAAAUAAAGAUAGCGAUGUUAAAAAAAAGAAAAAGGAACUUAAAUCAAAGUGGGAUAGUAAAAAUUUCAAUGAUACAUUAGAAGAUGUAAACUCAAGUGAUUCCGGUUCUUCAUCUGAUAAUAGUGAAUUACGUAGGACUAAAAAUAAACGAUCUCCUGACGGUUGGACAACAACCGAUUCUGAUAAUGAAGAAGAUAAUAAACGGUGAUAAUAUUUUACGUAA